ACCGUGGUGCAUACUUUUUGCACUCGAUCGUUUAAACUUUAUUACCUAAUACAGUCGUGGCGAUCCGGCUAACAGUGUCGAGAAAAACGCUGGUAUUUUGUCAUUGUCUUUGUUGUUUUGAUUAGCAAGGUCGUUGUGUGGUGAAGUAACGCUUUGCUUCGAAAAAAGACAGUGUUCUAGAACAAGAGAUCAGUACGUACUACCCUCUUUCAAGAUGGACGGAGGCGGAGGCGAUUCGUUCGAUCCAUGUGAGUGUAUAUGCAGCCACGAAGGUGCAAUGCGAAGACUCAUUUCCUUGCUGAGAUCCUCACAGAGUUAUUGUACAGAUAAUCAGUGCUUGCAAGAAUUGCCAGGCCCACAAGGAAAUGAUACUGGAGGUGAUAGUCACACUGCAUUCUAUAUUAUGAUAGCCUGGUUGAUCAUUGCAUUUGUCUUGUAUUUACUCAGACCUCAGAGUAUGAGGCAAGGUCCAGAGAAACCAAGUCGAAGUGAUAGAGGUCCUGGACCUCAACCCCCAGCACCUCCUGUGCAUUAGAUGGACCACACCCACUGACCUCUGACAACAAAGAUUGACCUGAUGUUCUCAAGUGACAUUGGUGUUAGUAAUUAGAUUAUUAAAUAAGCAUGUUGCAAGCAAGAUAAUAGUCAGAACAUCUUUAUUAUGAAUUAUUGAAAACUGAAGUUCUGUGUCUGCUAAGUAGGGUUAAGAUUCAUGUAGGGAUCCAAUCCACAAUCUUUUCUUACCUGUACAUUUGUUGCAGGUUAAAUGCUAAACAGUUGUAUGGAUAUUUGUAAAUAAGUGUUCUCCUCCACAAAACAAGUCCAAGGUGCAUUUCUUUAGACAUGGGGACUAUAUAAUAUUAUUCUCAGUUUGAAUGAAUCAUUUUGUAGUUUUAAUGUUCCGUGAGAGGUGUAAAUAGAUGAUGGAUGAGAUUGUUACUUCUUUAGAAGUACUGAAUUUUGUAUUGUGUAACACAAGGGGUAAUGGAACAGUACUUUAGGUUGGGGUGCAAUAUUUUUGAAACUCUUAAAGAAACCAGCGAGGUUUAUCAAAAUGUUAAAUGGUUUGUUUACUCAGCUUUUUAUUCACACAAGUCAAUGCACCAAAGGCAGGGAUUCAUAGGGAAGUUUUAACCUCUCAUGAAACAGUACCUGUACAUCAAUACAUAGAAGGAAUGGGUGGAACAUUUGAAAUUGAGUGCAAAACACACACGAGUAUUCAUGCUGAAAUUGUUUAUCUGUGUAAAUACUGAGAAAAUGGGUAAAUGUUGGUAUAGCUUUGGUAAUAACAAUAAAUAGUGCAAGGUAAUUUACAGAAGGCAUUCCUUAAAUUGGUUCAUGUAGACAAAGUAUUAAACAGUACCAUCUAAAAAUGUUAAUAUUAGGUGUGAUUAUUGAUCAGUUAUGCUGACUACUUUACAGUUAUGUUAAUGCAAAAAAAAAAAAAAAGAAUAAAAGGUGUCCUUUAAAAUU